AAUCCAAAACCACUCAUUGUCUAUUGCACUGAAACACUCAGAAGAAGAAGAAGAUAACAUGGCGACAAGCGCAUCUGCUUUGCUCACUCCCACAACUUUCUCCACUGUAAUCUCUCCGAAAAACCCAAACUCCAUCUCAUUUUACGGCCUCCGUCCUCUCCGUCUCGGUGGCUCCUCCUCUCCCUUACCCAAGCUAUCCACCACCUCCGGAAGAAGAUCUUCCUCCUCCGCCGUCGUGAGAGCCGAGCUCAGCCCAUCCGUCGUCAUAAGCCUCAGCACGGGUCUCUCCCUCUUCCUAGGCCGGUUCGUCUUCUUCAACUUCCAGAGAGAGAACGUGGCCAAACAGGUGCCGGAGCAGAACGGUAAAACCCACUUCGAAGCAGGAGAUGAUCGUGCUAAGGAGUACGUAAGCCUCCUGAAGUCGAACGAUCCAGUUGGGUUCAACAUUGUUGAUGUGCUUGCUUGGGGUUCUAUUGGUCACAUCGUUGCUUACUAUGUCUUGGCCACUUCUAGCAAUGGCUAUGAUCCUAGCUUCUUUGGCUGAUUCUUUUUUUUCAAUCAGUUUCUGUUUCGUGUGUAUGUAUAUGUUUGACUUGUAUCGCAAACUACCUAUUCUAUUAUCAUUCUUUCCCUUCUUCUUCUGUUGUUAUUGUAUAGGGCUUUAUCGAUC